GGCGAGCGAGAGCAGCCGGAUCGGGCAUCGCGGCUGCUGCUUGCACGCGGGCGGUCCGGAGUAACUGUGCCGCGAGUGCAUUUGAAACUACUAAAGGCCUUCGGGGUUUGUGGGUGUGGGGCAGUGAAUGUGCUUUGCGUAGAACGGACACGUUUUCGGACGCUGCUGCGUGCCCUUAGACUGAUCAGACAAUGUAUUUACUCAUAACAGUGGCGGGCUUGUUAGCCAGCGUGCGUGCUUUCAAUUUGGAACCGAGGCUACCUCUUCUGAAGCAGGGGACGAAGGGCAGCUACUUUGGAUACUCCGUCUCUGAACAUCAGACCGUCGAGAACGGCGUGACCAUCGAAAGCCUGAUGCUGGUAGGAGCGCCUCGAGCUCAGACUAGCCAACCAGGCACAAACCGGUCCGGUGCUGUUUACAGCUGCCCCAUGACCACUCGCUACGACGACUGCACGCAACUUUCUGUAGAUAAUGAGACCACUGCGCCUGACAAAGAAGUGCUGAAAGACGACCAGUGGUUGGGUGUCACUGUCCACAGCCAGCGUCCUGGAGGUUCUGUUCUGGCAUGCGCCCAUAGGUAUGUGAACAAGGGUGAUAGCUACCGGUGGGGCCGAGGUAUCUGCUACACACUUAGCCAAUUCCUAGACCUGCACCAGGCUUGGGAACCUUGUGAAAACCGGCCUGUUGACAAGGCACAUGAGCAGUUUGGUUUUUGCCAGGCUGGAACCAGUGGUGUAAUCUCAGAGGACUCGACCAUUGUGUUAGGUGCCCCUGGUCCCUACACGUGGAAGGGAACCGUCUUCACCAUAACAGUACAGCGAACACUGCGUGACUGGGCUUGGUCUGUCAGUCCCUUCCUCAACGAAGAGGCACCCGUCGAGAAAUACAGCUACCUUGGCAUGUCAGUUACAUCGGGCAAGUUUUUCAAGAACAGUAUGCAAUAUGUGGCUGGUGCACCUCGGUCAAAUGGAACAGGAAAGGUGGUGUUCUUCGGCAAGGAGAAGGGACUUUCAAACCUACGCACACUGCUUAUUCUGGAUGGAGAGCAAUUUGCUUCAUCCUUUGGCUACUCACUCACUUCACUGGAUCUCAACAAAGAUGGACUAAUUGACCUUGUGGUGGGUGCUCCGUUCUAUCACGGCAAAGGUGAAGGAGGUGCCAUCUACAUUUACCUCAACUCGAAAAAGGGCAUAUCCAGGGACACAAAGCCCAUCAAGCUUAUUGGGAAAGAUGAGUCCAGAUUUGGAUUUGCUCUGUCAUCAGCUGGGGACAUCAAUCGUGAUGGAUAUCCAGAUCUUGCUGUUGGUGCACCAUAUGAAAGUGGGGGUGGUGCCAUCUACAUAUACUUGGGGUCAGCAGAUGGCAUAGUCAAGGAACCUUCUCAGGUUAUACGUCCACAGGACCUUCCGAAUGAAAUAAAGGAAAGGGUUAGCACUCUGGGCUAUUCCCUGUAUGGAGGCAUGGACUUGGAUUCCAAUGGCUAUCCUGACCUUCUUUCUGGCAAUUAUGAGACAGAUAGCAUAGUCCUGUUCAGGGCUCGUCCAAUCAUUGACAUUAGCACCAGAGUCAAGGGAAAGCUGCAGAACAUAGACCCUGCUGUGCAAGGCUGCCCAGAUGACCUCGACAGCCGUUAUGUGUGCUUCUCCUUUGAAGCCUGCUUUCAGUUUCUACACAGCACCAUGCCUAAGCUGCGCAAUGGCACCGAGGCAGCACUGCUGCUCAACUACCGCAUUGAGGCUGAGACAUUCACAGGCAAGAAGUACUAUCGCGUCCGCUUUAAUGCAUCUGCCAACUCGGAACAUCCCAACAUUGUCGAGCGGGAGCUGGAGGUUCCAUGGUAUGCUGCAGGCAGGGAACAUUGUUCCAAGGAGCUGGUCUACCUCAAGGACAAAUCUGACAUUCAGAGUGCAAUAAAGAUGAAGCUGAGCUACUCACUGGUUCAGAGGGUGCCCCGUCUCCCAAUUCCCGGAGCCUCCCUACCAGACAUUGAUCGCUUCCCAAUACUGAACCAGAAGGAGGCUUCUAGGGUCUUUGAGGCUCGCUUCCUCAAGAACUGUGGAAGCAACGACAUUUGUGAAAGUGACCUCCACGUUCAAGCUAAACUGCUUCUGCCCACGGAGGAAGGUGUUCCUGUGCUGUUCCUUGGUGAAGAACAUGUCAACAUGUCAGUAGAAGUGCACAACCGGGGGGAACCAGCCUAUGAUGCUGCUCUGUACAUCUACCACUCACCUGCAUUAAGCUAUGUUGGCCGCAAGGUUGUGUCCACAGGCCUGGAUGUGGUUGACUGUGUUCCUCAUGCCACACAUGUUAAAUGUGAACUUGGAAAUCCACUAAACCAGGGCAAGAUGGAAAUACUCCUUCGGUUUAAUACUCGUAGUGAGGCUGAUGCUGAAACUAGCCUUAAAUUUGCCAUCAAGGCUAAUACUACAAGCCAAGAACUUAGCCCUGAGGAAGACCUGGCCAUACACGUCAAUGUUGUGCGUGUUGCAGAACUUGAACUCAGAGGAGCCACACAGCCAGAACAGGUUUGGUACGGAGGUGCUGUUGUUGGAGCACAUGCCAUGAAACAUUUUGAUGAAAUCGGCAGCAAGAUUACCCACACUUACCAGGUGUUCAACCAUGGUCCUUGGGCUGUGCCUUCCCUUGAUGUUGUUGUUUCCUGGCCAUUUGAAGCUGAAAACCAGCAGCAGCAUGGAAAAUACCUUCUGUAUAUGACUCAAGUUCCUCAGGUGGCUGGAGAUGGCGAAUGCUUCAUGGAAGAAAGUCAGGUUAAUCCACUUGGACUGAAGGACCGACCCAGUGCCAUCACUGCUGCUAGUCGCACCAAGAAGCGGGAAAAGAGGGAGAUAGUUAUCUCUCCAGAAGAGGUGCGCCUGGAGGGGAAGACUGUUAGGCUAGUCACAAUGAACUGCCAUCGAGGCAGUGCCAAGUGCUUCAAGUUCCGGUGCAGUGUUCGCAACCUCAAGAAGCAGUCAUCUGCCACAGUCACCAUCUCAGCUAGGCUGUGGAACGCUACCCUUGUGGAGGACUAUGCAACAGUUGACCAGGUCAGCAUAUUCUCCUCAGCUGAAAUUGUUCUUGAUUCAUCCCUGGAGAUUCGGCAGAAGGAAGAGGAUGACUAUGCUGAGGCGGAAACAAGAGCUUAUCCCGACGCAAGCCUUUACCAGAAGACAGAAGGUGUGGCUCUCUGGAUCAUCAUCCUUGCCAUUGUUGCAGGCAUCCUGCUACUACUAUUGGUCAUCUUCAUCCUCUACAAGUUGGGCUUCUUCAAGAGGAAGCGUCCAGCUGAUGGCUACUCACCAGCACCUACAUCGGACAAGGAUUUUAAUGGCACAUAAUGGAGAGACGAUGUGCGCAAACAACAUCCGAGCCAAGCGGAAUGAGUGUGACAUCCGUCCGGGCGUGCUAUCCAAGUGCACCUUCCUAGCCGAUCUCAGGUCGAGGUCUGCCGAUAGCUGCGUGCCCAGCGGUGCCUGUGUUAAGCCGUUAACCUUACUCUCCAUUCAUUUCUUGCUCUUUUCACCGCCUUCAUCUUCAGUAAUUUACACCCACUGGGGAGCCAUCUUGCUCUAGCAUUUUCUUCCGCAGCUUGUGACUUUGAGCCAGUUAUAUGGACAACGACAUUUUUUCGUGUAUGAGAUGUAUUGCUGGGCUUACACAAUGCCUUUGCCUUUGGCGAUGUUCACACCUAUGGACAAUGGUAAACAAAGUGCAGGAUGGUGUUCCAUCACUAUAGGUGCACAAACCAUGCAAACAUCAGGUGGCAUGACUGCGACUUAUGUGAACACUCUGAAGGUUUCUUUUUUUAAGCCUAAACUUAACUAGAGAGCCACUCCUAUGCUCUGUCUACCUUUGUAUGUUGAUGUACAGUCCCAAGCGAAAGUCUGAAGCCCACAGCUGCCAUGAAAUAUUGUUUUUCUUCUUAGCAACUUAGGUAUGCCAGCUGAAAUCAUGUAGUACAGUCUAUGUGUGCCUGUUCGACCAAGAUAUUGCAUUGACACAAUUCCACGCUGCACAGCAGUGCUAGAAGAAAUUUUGCCGUGGCUGCUAGACUUUCACUGCUGACUGUACAUGGUGCACAAAUAUGAAAGGAAACACCAGAUUUGCACCCUCAUUCUUGAAUUUCAGUACAAGAUGUUCUACACGGCAGAGUUUUCAUCGUGAGAACUAUGUUGUAGAUAACAGUAAGUGAGGCUUAAAUUUGGAUGUAUGCAGCAAUCAUCAACUGAAAACAGAUCAUUUGUUACUUUUCAUAUGGGUGCACUCUUGUGCCAUCUGUUCUGAAAAGGUGCCGCCCACUGGUACUGCAGCCAAAGUAAACAGAAAACCUUAAGGAACUGCUUGACUUUCUGGCAUUAGCAUGGGUUGAGAAUAUUAUGGCCUCUGCAGCCUGCAAUGCUUUGAAUAUGUGAAAGCAAAGCCGGUGCUGGUCCUACAAGACCUUGCACACACUGGUGUCACGGUAGCAUUGGCCUACACAUUUUUCUGGAAUGAAUGGUGCAUGCUGAGCAAUGCUGCGACACUGCUUAGUAGUCACACCACAGACUGUGCACCAUAGAUGGCUAGCUUUUGAUGUAUUCCACAAGGCAAUGGCACCAUUCUAGAUUUACAGGCUGUAAAAAUCACAUUUCAUUCAGUUCUUGAAGUUUCGUUGAGCAUGGCUCUUAACAACAAGCUGCAUUCAUGCUAAGCAACAAGAUGUAACGACCUUCUUGCAUUCUGUGAGUUUAUUUCUUCCCCACUAUUUAAAUUUAUGUUGCUAUAAUUUCUCCCUUCCUUGGGGAACAUAUUGUAGUGAUAACAUAGAUUCACACUGACUUCAAGGCCAUAAGCCAACAAUUUUUUCAAAGUAAUACUUUGAGUUGCUGGAAACAGCAGAACUCAAGUGGUGCUGUUGUCAGGGUUUCUCAUGUCUAUCAAAGGGGACUAGACCUUGUUCUCUCUAAUAUUUUUUUUUUGUGUUGUCCUGUACAGAAAGAAAUCUAUGCUUAUUUAUUUAAAUGCUAGGCUUUCUAAUCGUGGAGAUGCGCAUAUGAAUGUGUCAUUUACAACACAUGUAUUGUGAGCAAUGCACGUAGUGCUGUCCUAAAAUUUCUUCACGACAAGGGCUGGAGCCUGGCGAUUUGCACACAGGGAGGACAUCUGGCAUCCUCCCAACAUAGUUCACUGCCAUGGUGUUUCCAGAAACAGUGCCGAAAUGCAAGUCCCAUGAUGAGGGCCUCAUAUGAUGAGUAAAUAGAAACAGGCAGCUCUGAUGCAUUCGCCAUCCAUGACCAGACUGCUGUUAAACGAAGUUCAGCACCACACUGCCACUCUUGUAGAUGUAGGUGACGUUGGCAUGGGUGCAGCCAUUAGGAAAUGGCAUUGUGCGCUUACAGGUAGAUGGGGGGAGAAAAAUCAAAGUAAGCUUCUUAAUGAACUCUGGAAGAUGAUGAUAUAGUGGUCGUGCACUCAAGAUCGUUUACGUUUCAUUUUUCAAUUAUGUAUGAACGAGUACCGGACAGUCCACAUUUCAUGCAGUGCCUUGAGAAGGUUGUUGUUAGCAGUUCCAGAUUUUAUUCUUGUAGAGGGUCCAGCAAACAAUGGAGAGAAAAAGAUGCACACUGGUACACGAGGCAUGACUAUAUAUGUGGAAGAGCAAGGCUCAUGUUGAGCAAAAUUUGUUUAGUUUCAUAUUCUGCUCUAAUUUUUAAUGAUAUGGUUAGGAGAGUCCUUUCUGUUCCACUUUCAAGAUGGAGGUGGGACUGUCUGUAUGCCAAACAAAGCACACUUUGCAUAGGUCUGUCAAACAGAUGCUACACUCUGCAAGGAAUCGGAUUUCAGCCUUUAGGAGCAAUCACUCUUUUCUUGCAGGAACCAUGUUGCAAACAUUUUUUGUUUCCACUUUGGACAUCGAAUUUUCUUAUGUAAGCACUCUUAAGUUGUGACAUAGGCCUGUGUUGUACAGUGUUGAUUUUAGCCUAUUAUACUGGUUAAGGGUAUGUUACUCUAUGUUCUGGAAAUAUGAGCAAAUUCUUGGAACAAAAUGUGUUAUCUUUUAGCCAAGCUGAAUGUCAUCAAAAGCGUGACCCCAUAAACACUCCUACAAUAGUAAGUGCUGUUGCCAACCGAUGCUGGCACAGUCUUCCUUUUACUUCUGCCAGCAAACUAGAUGAGUGAAUUUACAUCAGCUGUGGAGACUCCUGAACAGCAACCAUAUUUUGACCAAUGCAAGCUUCCAGGAGGGCAACAGCACAUGGUGUUGCUAUAACUAAAGUCCAAAUGCUACACUCUUCUUGGCCAAUGGCAACAGCUUUUGACGCUACACUAGUUAGUUCACUUCUGAAGUAGCUCAUAUGAUGUAAUGCCACAGUUAAAGGAUGCUGAUGCCAAAUAUUAUUAGUGCUGCCUUGCACAUCACAGGACCUUCUUUCUUAAAAUUUUCUUGUUGCACAGGUGCUACCUUUAUUAUCAUGUCAUUGUGACAUUUUGCUGUAACUAGCUUCAUUGUAAUAGGAGGAUGAAUGGAAAUUUAAGCGCGAACAAUGAAUGCACAUUUUGCUUAUCUUCCUUUCAUGUGGAAAUGUACAUAGGGUCAUUGCUUUGCAGGUUUUCUACGUUCUCGUCUUUUGUUGUUGUUGUUGUUGUUUACAUAUAACCACAACUAUUUAUUUACCAAGUUGCCAGCUGUCACAGUAUAGAAGGCUGCAAAUGAAUUUGUAUCUAAAUCAAAGCCAUUGGAUUUGUGCACCAGACAAUAAAAAAUGGGUUUCCCAGCUCUGCUUAACACAGCAUGAUGCAUCAUUAAACUGUUAUGCAAAGCGAAGCUUGCAGAAUUAAAAUGUGUGUGUCAGUAAGUCUUCUUUUGUGCUAGUGCAAUUCUACUGCACAUAGGCUUUCAGGCAAGGUAUGGAGAUAAGCUGUCAUUGCGUAUGUAAUGAGGAAAGCAUCAGCGGUAAUGCAGUGUAUGUUCUUCCAGUUCCUGUCCAUUGCAAGAUGUGCACACUGCAGUGCUGUUUUACAUUUAACUGUGAUUUAAUAGGCUGCACAGUUGUUCUGCAAGUUUUGGGAUGUACAAGAGGAAUUCCACUUUUUGAACACUUGACAAAUAAAUUAGUGCAUAAGUGUGUCUCAUGGGAACUGCUUUUCAUGAGGUUUUACAACAGUUCAUGAAAAAAAAAAACGCCAAAGUGAGCAGUGUUCCUGUCUAUUGUAGUCUUCCUAGCUUCCCUACAGUUUUGACAUUGGACUUUGUGUUGCAUCGUUUUAAAGCUGGUCUGCUACCAUGCCAAGAAGCAAAAUAUUCAUAAAGACUGCAUAAAUUUCGCAGUCCAAGUAACUUAGCCUGGAAGAAGACCGUUUCAUAAGAUUGCCUCAUAUUGGAUAUAUAUGUAUUACCCAGGCCAGCUACAACUUUAUUUGCAUUGAAAGUGUACGUUUGGUACGAUUUUUUUUCUCUAUUAAUUCAGGCUUGUGCUAAAUCUACCAGUGCUGCCUAAAUACAUGCUGCAAUGAAAGUGGAAAGUUUUUCCAGACUUGAGCAAAGCAUUAAGAACUGAUUUCCUGAGAAACAAGUCAUAUGCUAAAGAGAUAUUCUUAAAUAUUACCAUGUGAUGUAGCAAUAAACAUGCAAGAUAAAGACUUUAGGUAUGUUAAUUGGCUGCUGUGCGUUCAGGUGGUUUUCAUAAGUCUCAUGUAAAAACUGCUGGGCACAUUUUCAGUAUAACAGUACUAACUCUCCUUUUGUUUUUAUUGUUGGAAUGCUGUUGGAAUGCUGAGAAAAAAGAAGCACAAGAUGAUGUGUUGCACACGCCUUGGAACAUAUGAAAUGAGUGCAGCAGCUGGUAACAAACUCAUGGUGUCUAUCAAACUACCUGUUCACCUGCAAACAUGACACAGUUGUUUGAAUGUCCCUCCUUUCAUUUGUUGGUUUUGGGCUUGAAGGUUAUAUAGUGGCUGAAUGAACUGCAGUCAUGUGUACAUCUCUGUGAAAUAAACCUUUUAUCUUUUAAA